AUGUUUCUUCUGAGCGUUGCAUGCGCGGCUGUAGCAACAACCCUCGCCAUGGUACGUGCGCCGCUACGUCUCCGACCGGCUAUCUUUAUUACUGAUAGAGGGAGGUCUGCUGCCCUGCGCCCGUCGUACGUGUCCUGACCUUGGUCUGCGAGUACUCUAGCCAAUCAUAAACCAGGUUCAGGUUCAGGUAACGAACGAACCCACUCUGUCGGUAACAAUGGAUCUCGCGGCCCGCUUGAUCACUUGUGUCCCCGGUCUGAGCAAUGCGCCGGGUGGGACCGUGCUCUUGGGUGAGACUAGGCCCCUAAGUGACGGUGCACGCGUGAGGUGACGAGCCUAUCUAGCGAGCCUAUCUAACUAGAUAUUUCCUCUUACUAGUACAUGGCACAGGCUCCAAAGGUUCCGAGUCGUGGGCCUCCGGACCUUAGUACGUUAUUUCAAGCGUGUCGGAGACGGCAGCCAGCCUAAACUAACAGCGACGUCCGUUCCUCUCCCAGCGUCCGUGUUCUUCCAAUUACGGGAAAGCGAUACAAGCCAUGCUAUAUCGAUCUCCCAAAUCGGUCUAUUGGGGAUGCACAACUCACUGCUGAAUACGUUGUCGCCGCUAUAAAGGUGAGGCUACCCCACGAUUUCCACUCUCCGGUCAUAUUCGUCUCCGAUCUGCGCAAGUCGGUCAAAUUGACAUUUGGCCCCGUGCACGUUCCCUUCGACAGUUCCUCGCUCCCCGGUCGUCAACGAAGAAGGUCGCUGUCAUCGGUCACAGCCAAGGAGCGGGUCUGAAUAUUCCCUGGGCGCUCCAGUUUUGGCCGUCAACUCAAGCACUGGUGUCGAGCUUUAUCGCACUUGCGGGUGACUUUCACGGCACGACUACAAGCGUAUUGCUGUGUGGGACUGCUGUGUCGUUCUGCGCCGCCUCCGUCAAGCAACAAACCAAAGGCUCGAGGUAUUUAGCUGCGCAGAACUCGGCGGCUAUGGGCAGUGCCAGGUCUGCGCUGGUACCGACAACGAGCAUUUUCACCCGGCUCGACGACGUGAUCCAACCCGAAGGACCAACCAACGCCGAGGCGACGAGCUUCCUGCCCGGCGCUUCCAAUUUUGCACUACAGGACGCGACUAUAUGCGGGAGCAUACAUUACGCAAAUCAUGUGGCCAUGUUGUGAGUGUCCAAAGACAAUUGUGUCAAGCUGGGGGGUGGUGUUGCCUAUGGAAAUGUUGAGCACUCAUCCCAGCAUCUCAUGGCAUUACAGGACCGAUUCGGCGGCUUUCGGACUGGCCAAGGCCGCGCUCGAGAACCCGACCGCGCCGGUUUUCGAUCGUAGCUAUUGUUCCCACAUCAGGGAAAGCCCAGCGAGCAGCUUCACCGGCCUCGGUGGCUUGCUCUCCGGGGGUAUGGCGGACAUGUUGGCGAUAGCUCGAUCGAGUGUUGAGGGGAUCCGAGCGGAGCCAGCGCUCAAGAGCUAUGUCUGCGAAAGGGGCUUCGCGACGCAGUGCGCCGAUUGA